AUGCCGACGAUGAACAACAUCAAUGUUGAACCAAGUAAUCCGCUGAAGGGAUUCAGAACUGGCUUAUUGGAAAAAUUGUUCGUGGACACUUCGCCAACAGCUUUGAGGCGAAAUUCUAUUCACAAUACCACAUCACCAACAUCAUCUUCUGCAACAGUACUAUUAAAUAGUAGUGUGGAUGGAAAAGAGAUAAUGGAUGAGGGUAGUAGUAGAAUUUGCUCUGCACCAUCUGGCCUUCCAAAUCAGUCAUCAUCAACUAAUGGAAAAACAAGUCCUUCAUUGCUAACACAUUCCCGAAUGAUGAAGAGAUGUUCCAAGCAACAAUUGUUAAGCAUGCUACCAAAGAAACCAUAUUUAAGAAUUCAAUAUGCAUCUCACUGUUGCUCUGGGGUUAUAUCCGAUCAAUUACAAGAGGAAAUUCUUAAAGUUGCCCAACGAGAGAAUGAACUGAGAGGCAUAACUGGUGUUUUAAUUUGUGUUCAGGACAUGUUUUUUCAAAUCAUUGAGGGUCACACGGAACAAGUAGAUAGAUUAUAUCACAAUAUUUUGAAGGAUAAGAGACAUUAUGAUGUGGUGUGUGUUGACAAGACAUACUUUAGUUUAGAUGAGGAGAGAUAUUUUCCAACUUGGUGCAUGCAGGCAUUGGACAUACAGAGCUUAUUUGAUCAUUGUCUCGAUCCAGCUCAUUCAACAGCUGUUGGGGCUGCAUUUAGGGCUUUUAAAACAUUACUAGGUUCACUUUUAAAUACACAACAAGUGUUUAGAAAUUAUGCUCAACCUGCCAUUUCAAAAUAUUUGAGUGAAGGGGAGAACCCAAUGAUUAAGGAAUCAGUAGAGACUGAUAAGGUUAUAUUAUUCAUUGAUCUUGUAAAUUAUACGAGUAUCACCGAGAAGGUUUCAAAAACAAGGAAACCAUCACAAGUGGUAAAUAUUUUGAAUACAUUCUUUGGAGUUGUUAUGGAAACAGUUGAGGAAUAUUCUGGAGAGAUAACUAAAUUAAUUGGUGAUUGUGUAAUGGUCUAUUUUGAUGGAAACGAAUGUCAACAGGCUGUUGAUUGUUCCAUUGAUAUUUUGGAGAGACUUGAAACUUUAAGGCAAACAUCUGAUGAUCCUUGCAUUAAGAUGAUUUAUUGUACCAUUGGUAUCAGCAGAGGAUUGGUUAUAUUUGGAAAUGUUGGUUCUGUGGGAAGGAAACUUGAUUUUACAGUAAUUGGAGACUCUGUGAAUACAGCAUCUAGAUUACAAUCAUUUGCUUCCAUUUCUCCACAUUUUCUAAUAUUCGAUGAGAGUGUUAGAGAGAGACUAGAAGACACAACAGAACAAUGUAUCGUUGAAGUUGGGGCAAUAGAACUAAAAGGAAAAGAAAGGUCUGUUAAAACUUACACAAUCGAUCACGAACUCAAUUACAAACCUUCCAAAAAAGAGAUGGACCGCAUAAUGUCUCUAUCAGCCCUCACAGAAUAUUGUUGA